AAACAUCAUAAACUGCCAUUUAUAUUAGUUUUGUAAUAAUUAAUUUAUUAUGGUUAUGGUUAUGGUUAUGGUGGAGGGAGUUACAGCCUACUACUACUGCUUCUACUACCUAAGAUAAUUAAUUAUCUGCGCAAAACCAAGCUACCUUUCUUCGUCCUCAUCUGUGCAAAGCCUCUGUUUCUAGUUCCGUUCUCUUAAUUUGUUUCUUAUUGUUUGCUCAUUUUCGUUAGUAUUAGAUCAGAGAGAGAGAGGGUGGAGAUCUGGACAGGUCUGGCUGUGGCCGAAAUCAAAGAAGAAUAUUUGAGGGAGGAGGAGAAAACAUCGAACAAGAUUAAACCGAAACAAAUUAGGAAAAUUCUAUGGAUUGGUGGCAUAAGAUGAUCUUCCCUGUUCGAAGACUCUGGUUUGUUGUUUCUUCUCGCGUUAAGGCUCGCAAAAAUGGAGCCGGGUUGUUGAAGCUUCACGAUGAUGUACAAACAUGUGGAUACGAAGAUGUGCAGGUGAUGUGGGAAAUGCUGCGAAGAUCGGAAUCGGAGCUGUUGGCUGCUAACAACAAUCCCAAGCGUAAGCACCGCCCAGCUUUCUGGAGAGUUUUCGUUUGGUCUUCUAACCAUACUUCAUCCUUCUCGCCCAAUUAUGCCUAACUUCACACCAUUUGCAUGCAUACUUCCUAAUAAUAAUAAUAAUAAUAAUAAUAAUGAUAAUGAUGAUAAUAAUAGUAAUAAUAAUGUGUUCCUACUGUCCUGCAGCAUGGACAUUUGCGUCUUACGUUUAGAACUGAACUUAUAACUCUGACGGCCUACCAUACAGUGGCGUGGUACAGAGCUCUGUUGCAACCAUGAACAAUGUUCAAAUUGAAAUGGAAAUAUAAGAUGAUGUUUUACUCUGUUC